GCUCGCCGUCCGGCCAUGGUCGCGGCGGCCUUCGCGUCGACCUCCGCCGCCGCCGCCGCGUACUCCUCCUUGGCUCCGAACCCGACAGCGCGAGACCCGGUUAGGAGGCGCACUACUCCACUUGUGAGGACAGCCACCAAUCGCCACGUGCACGGACGCACCGCGACCAGUCUCCGCCAGUUUCGCCCCCGCGACCGGUUCGUAAACCCUCCUCGCCCCCUAUUCGCGGCGGCGGCGGAAGCGGAGGAGAUGGCUGCGGAGACGAGCACCGACGCCAAGCCCUUCGCCGUCCUCUUCGUCUGCCUCGGGAACAUUUGUAGGAGCCCGGCUGCUGAGGCGGUCUUCCGGAACCUCGUAAACAAGCGUGGGCUUGAUUCCAAGUUUCUCAUAGACUCUGCUGGUACGAUCGGUUAUCACGAGGGAAAUAAAGCUGACUCAAGGAUGAUAGCAACUUCCAAGAAGCGGGGGAUUGAGGUGACCUCGAUAUCCAGGCCUACCAGACCCUCAGACUUCCGAGAUUUUGAUCUCAUCCUUGCAAUGGAUAGGCAGAACUAUGAAGACAUUUUGAGCUCAUUUGAGAGAUGGAAAAAGAAGGAACCCCUCCCAGACAGUGCACCUAAGAAGGUUAAGCUGAUGUGCUCCUAUUGCAAGCGACAUAAGGAGUCCGAAGUCCCAGAUCCUUACUAUGGUGGUGCUAAGGGAUUCGAGAAGGUACUGGAUCUACUGGAAGAUGCAUGCGAGUCGUUACUUGAUGACAUCUUGGCAGAGAAUGCAAACAUUUCUGCUUGAUAUCAGAAUGAAUAGCCAGUGUAAGCAUCACGUUUUCAUUUGAUUGUA